GCGUUUUGAUCCGGGAGAUUUCUUGCCCAUCUCCCGAUCGAUUGGAAUCACCGAUCUGAUGACCGACGUCGGGGAAUGCUUGCAUAGUGGUGGUGGUGAAGAAUUUUGCAAUAUAUCAACACAGCCUCACGUGGACGGGACCAUGAUCCGACAAUUCGUCAUCAUCAUAUCCAUGCCGAACCACGGAGACCUGUGUCGAAGACCUCUAAUGAACCAGCAUGUCUCGUACCGGUUGUGAUUAAAAAAGUGUCUCAUUCAAAAUAAAAACUAGGAAAAUCCAUCGGUCAUUUUGCUGGCCGGUGGGGGCCAAGACCCGUUGGUGCUGUGCUUCACUAUCUACCGGCCGGAUUUGAGCCGGAUAAUUCUAACGGAGCCGGAGGUGUGGGUCGCCAUUCUGGCAGCGCCCGCAGCCGAUAGGCCCCACUAUUUUCGGAACCAUAUUUUACGUUUCCAUUGGUCACGUCGUUUUCAUGCUGCCCCACUGAAUCUGCGAGGCUGCUGUGGGUUCCUGAACUUAUCAAGUAACCUUCGACAGCCUCGCCGUCCCAUCUCCAACUGCUUAACAUACAAAUUUAUCACGAACCCCACGAUGGCCGACUCCGACGACGAAUAUGUCGGGGACCUCUCUGGUGAUGAUGCCGGAGUCGACAGCGUCUACGGUACACGAUCGAAAGAUGGCGGAAAAGGAAAAGGUGGCCAGAAGGGCAAGGGAACCCGCAAAGCAGCCUGGGAAGAAGUCCACCGAGCCUGGGACGAGGUUGCCAUUGCCGAAGAUGGCAGCAUCACAGUGGCCGAGUUGAUCGAGGCUGAGAAACGCCGGCGGUUGAUGCGGGAUACCACACCGAUCCAGCGUGGAAUAAUACGGCACAUGGUGUUGGUGUUGGACAUGAGCAUCGCGAUGGCAGAGAAGGACCUGCUUCCGAACCGCUUCGCCCUCACCUUCUCCUACGCUAUGGAAUUUGUGAACACAUUCUUUCAGCAGAAUCCAAUCAGUCAGCUGGGGAUCAUCGGGAUGCGCGAUGGUAUUGCCGUCAGGAUCAGCGACAUGAGUGGGAACCCAGUCGAGCACAUUGAGAAGCUGAGGCAGUGGGCGCUUAAGGACCCUAUUGGGAACCCAAGUCUUCAAAAUGCCCUCGAAAUGUGUCGAGGUCACUUAUACCACACCCCCUCCCACGGCACCCGCGAAGUCCUCAUCAUCUACGGCGCCCUCCUCUCCUCAGACCCAGGCGACAUCUCCGACACCAUCACCUCCCUCAUCGCAGACCGCAUCCGCGUCUCCAUCAUCGGCCUCGCCGCCCAGGUAGCCAUCUGCGCCGAGCUCUGCGCCCGCACAAACGACAACGACGACUCCCAAUACCGCAUCGCCCUCCACGAGCAACACUUUCGCGAGCUCUUCCUCGCCGCCACGACACCCCCCGUCACCCACGAGGCAGAGCAAUCAAACGCCUCCCUUCUCAUGAUGGGCUUCCCCUCCCGCUCCCUCGCAUCAAAAGAUUUUGUCUCCCUCUGCGCCUGCCACAACAAACCAACAAGAGAAGGGUACACCUGCACGAGGUGUAGAAUCAAAGUCUGCCGGUUACCCGCGUCUUGUCCCGUUUGCGGGCUGACGCUGAUAUUGUCGAUUCACCUGGCGAGAUCGUAUCACCACCUUUUUCCCCUCAAAUCAUGGGUGGCGGUUCCGUGGACAGAAGCAAAGAAGUCGGUGGCGUGUUUUUCCUGCCAGACGCCCUUCCCGCCUGUCCCGAAGGCUGCGCCGCCAAAGAUCAAGUUGAAGGUGAAGGAGUCUUCCGGUGUUGGGGGGCAGACAGCAGCCAAUAUCGCCAAGGCAAAAGGCAGAGGGGAGGUGCCUGCAAAGACGAAUACUGUAACGGCACCGACGCCAGGGUUGUUGCCAGAGGCGAUCAAGGCCGGUGUGAGCGAGAGCGGGAGGUAUAAAUGUCCAGAGUGUGAGGAGCAUUUUUGCAUUGAUUGCGAUAUUUAUGCCCACGAGACGAUUCAUAAUUGUCCGGGGUGUUUGGCGAGGCUGGUGAAGAGUCAGCAGCAACAACAGGAGGAAGUAGUAGGGGCAGGGGAGGCGAUGGAGGUGGAUUCAUGAUUAUUAACAGGACAUUGAACUGAGAGCGUCAAACGGGCAUAAAUGGUAAUUAGCGAUUUGUUUAUAUUGGUUUUUGAAACGGCGUAUCUGGUGGUUAUUGAAAACAGGACAACAAAGCUAUGGGGUCGGGUUAGCAAGUGAAGAUGUGAGUUUGGAGACUCAUGCAGGGAUCAAAAGCAGAGAUACUAAUCAUCAUGAACUGAAGUGAGAAUGAUGGGUAUCUGAUGCUCAUAUGGUCAUCAACAGGGUGAUAUAUAACUCGCAGAUAUGUAACUUCCUCAACCAUCCAGCCGACCGUAACUCCAA